AAUCGUUACUUAGGGACACAGAAUCGUUACUUAGGGACACAGAAUCGUUACUCAGGGACACAGAAUUGUUACUCAGGGACAGACACAGAAUUGUUACUCAGGGACACAGAAUUUUUUACUCAGGGACACAGAAUUGUUACUGAGGGACACAGAAUCGUUACUGAGGGACACAGAAUUGUUACUCAGGGACACAGAAUUGUUACUCAGGGACACAGAAUUGUUACUCAGGGACACAGAAUUGUUACUCAGGGACACAGAAUUGUUACUCAGGGACAGACACAGAAUUGUUACUCAGGGACACAGAAUUGUUACUCAGGGACACAGAAUUGUUACUCAGGGACACAGAAUUGUUACUGAGGGACACAGAAU